AUGAGGUCUGAGAACAAGAGCAGCGUGUCAGAGUUCCUCCUCCUGGGGCUCCCCAUCACGCUGGAGCAGCAGGACCUGUUCUUUGUCUUAUUCCUAUGCAUGUACCUGACCACAGUGAUGGGGAACCUGCUAAUCAUCCUGCUCAUCAGGCUGGACUCUCGCCUACACACCCCCAUGUACUUCUUCCUCAGCCACUUGGCCUUCUCUGACAUUUCCCUUUCAUCUAUCACGGUUCCAAAGAUGCUCAAGAACAUGCAGACUCAGCAACAAUCUAUCCCCUAUAUGGGGUGCAUUUCUCAGUUGUAUUUUUUCAUAGUUUUUGGUUGUCUUGACAAUUUCCUUCUUGCAGUGAUGGCAUAUGACAGGUAUGUGGCCAUCUGUCAGCCACUCCACUACACAACUUUUAUGAGGCAGGAGCUGUGUGUCUCACUAGUAGCUGGGUCCUGGUUCUUCUGUUGUGCACAUGCCCUUUUGCACACCCUCCUCUUGAAGGGCACUAUGAGGCCUGAGAACAAGAGCAGCGUGUCUGAGUUCCUCCUCCUUGGGCUCCCCUUCUCACUGGAGUAUCAGGGCUUGUGCUUCACCUUGUUCUUGGGAAUGCACCUGACCACAGUGCUGGGGAAUCUGCUCAUCAUCUUGCUCAUCAGGCUGGACUCUCACCUCCACACUCCCAUGUACUUCUUCCUCAGCCACUUGGCCUUCUCUGACAUUUCCCUUUCAUCUGUCGUGGUUCCAAAGAUGCUCAUGAACAUGCAGACUCAGCAACAAUCCAUCUCCUAUGUGGGGUGCAUAUCUCAGAUGUGUUUUUUCUUAGUUUUUGCUUGUCUUGACAAUUUCCUUCUUGCAGUGAUGGCAUAUGACAGGUAUGUGGCCAUCUGUCAGCCACUCCACUACACUACUGUUAUGAGUCAGGGGCUGUAUGUCUCCUUAGUAGCUGGAUCCUGGUUAUUCUGUUGUGCACAUGCUCUGUUGCACACCCUUCUCUUGGUCCGACUGUCCUUUUGUGCUGACAAUACCAUCCCAAAUUUCUACUGUGACCUCACUGUGCUCCUGAAGAUGAGCUGCUCAGACAUCUCCCUCAAUGAGCUGGUCAUCUUCACUGAAGGAGGAAUGCUUUUCUUUUUGCCUUUGAGUAGCAUCUUGGGGUCAUACAUCCGGAUAGGCUCCACUGUCUUGAGGGUCCCAUCCAUCAAGAGAUUCUUUAAAGUUUUUUCUACCUGUGGCUCCCAUCUCUUUGUGGUGUCUUUAUACUAUGGGACACUUGCAGGUGUUUACUUUUUCUCCUCAUCAUGGGGGUCCAAUGACAAAGACAUAAUUGCUUCAGUCAUGUAUGUGGUAGUUACCCCCAUGCUGAACCCCUUUAUCUAUAGCCUGAGGAACAGAGAUAUAAAACAGGCCCUAGAAAUAUUUAUCAAUAGGGCUAACUUCUUUAAGUGA